AUCUUACAAGUCUGACGUCACCAAGUAUUGAACAAUGCUGCUCACCCUAACCCUGGUACUGAUGGUUCCUGCUCUCUGUCUUGGACUCGAUGAUGUUCUUCCCAGAGCCAAAAGACAGACCAGCAAAUUAACGUUCUGUAGGACGACAAACGUCAACCUUUACCCUGGGAGGAAUGUCACAAUCCAGAGUCACAGUCUGUCUGAUGGCUAUUACUAUAAGAACAACGUUAACUGUCAGAUGAUGUUCAGGGGCGGAGAAGACCCUUUAGUUCUCACGAUCAAAUUCCAAAAUUUUGACGUCCAGGACUCCCCUGACUGUCGCUAUGACUACCUGAGCUUCUGUGGCGUGAAGUUCUGUGGCACCCGCCCCAAGAACCAACAGUACCAGUUCCUGGUGCCGGCCUGGGGCAACGUUACCAUGACGUUUUUCACAAACAGAUACAUUAAGAGGCGCGGAUUUCAGUUUUCCCUGCAAGCUAGGAUGUACACUGGCGGGCUUGUUUCAACACCCACUGGCGUGAUUUCGAGUCGCUCAACCCCAAAGUUUGUGAAUGUGUCCGGGAAUUACACAGAGAAAAUGCCAACAGCCCCGCCCACCACAUCUACUAAGUCUACCACCAGCCGAGGUUACCCGCCAUGGUACGAGAACACAACAAGACUUUGGAAUUCACCAACAACCACCGCCAGCCCACCAACAACAACCACCGCCAUCCCACCAACAACAACCACCGCCAGCCCACCAACAACCACCGCCAGCCCACCAACAACAACCACCGCCAUCCCACCAACAACAACCACCGCCAGCCCACCAACAACCACCGCCAGCCCACCAACAACCACCGCCAUCCCAACAACAACCACCAUCAGCCCACCACAACCCUCCACAACUGUUGUUUCUAGAACCUUCGAGCCCUACCCCGCCACCACACCAUGGUGGAGACCUAGCGACCCACCAACCAUGACCACAAGAGCUCCUGGAACCUUCCAGCCUUACCCCGCCACUACAUCAUUGGACCGACCCACGGGGAGAACGGUCAACCCACCACGAGGCGGCACCACCAAGUCACCACCACCUACAAUUUCCAGAGCUCCUAGAACCUUCCAGCCCUACCCCGCAACUUCACCACGGGACCAACCCACGGGGAGACCAAGCUACGCACCAACCAUGACCACUAGCGCUGCUAGAACCUUCCAGCCCUACCCUGCCACCACACCAUGGGACCAACACACGGGGAGACCAAGCUACGCACCAACCAGGACCGCUAGUGCUGCUAUAACCUUCCAGCCUUACCCCGCCACCACAUCAUGGGACCAACCCACCAGAGCACCAACAACCACCCCCGGUACGACUCAAACACCCCGCCCCUACACCAUCAACGACGUCACGUGGGGCCCACAAGCCACACCCACCUGGCCCCCACGUAGGUCCACACCAGCCUACACCUUCCCAACCCUACCAACCUUACCACAACCCAACCCGUGCUACGGCCAUCCAUGUGCAACCCAUCCAUGCAACCCCAACAACCCCCGCAACCCCUACUCCAUCUACGCUGUGAUGGAAGCUGUCCAGUACCUUCAACAGGAACAGUUCAACCGUGACCACGUGCUGUCCCUGCUUUAGCUGUUCCUGCAACACAACAGGAUGUAACAGCCUGCAACAGCUUUAAACAGCCUGCAACAGCUUUAACCAGCAUACAACAGCUCUAACCAACCUACAACAGCAUUAACCUACCUAGAACAGCUUUAACCAACCUACAGCUUUAACUAGCCUACAACAGCAUAAACCAACCUAUAACAGCUUUAACCAGCCUACAAGACAACAGCUUUAAACAGCUUUAACAGACUAAAAUAUAACAGCCGUUUAACAGCAUUCCCUAUAGCAGCUAGGAAGGUCAAAAAAUCAACAGCGUGAACAGCUAGCAAUAAAACAUCUCCGAACCAAAUGUACAUUUAGAGAAAAUAAAAUAUUAAUCAGAUC